CUUUGAAUACACCCUUUGCUUCUUUUAGGUCAGCGUUUAUAGUUAGGAGGUGGCGGAGGGGUUUCCUUUUUUUCUAUAUAUGCUUUGCAGAUCAAUAAAUCUUAGCGUUGGACAAUUGUCUCAGCUUUUCCCAAGAAGAGAAAAAUAAGCACGGAUCACGACUAGUGGUGCAGAAAUAGCUGUCAAAAUAGAGAAGAACACAGCCCCAAGUCCAGCAAAGUUUUAGGGUGCACCGAGGGAUAGAUAUCUCAGGAAGAGAUCAUCAAACGGUAUCACAGACUACAAGACAAAGGGAAGGUGAAUAGAGAGAGGGAGAGGGAGAGAUGGGUAGACCUCCUUGCUGUGAUAAGGUGGGAGUUAAGAAAGGUCCAUGGACUCCCGAGGAGGAUAUAAUGUUGGUCACUUACGUUCAAGAACAUGGUCCUGGCAACUGGAGGGCUGUUCCUGCUAACACAGGUUUACGUAGAUGCAGCAAGAGUUGUAGGCUUAGAUGGACAAACUAUCUGAGGCCUGGGAUCAAGAGGGGUAACUUCACGGAUCAGGAGGAGAAAAUGAUCAUUCAGCUUCAAGCCCUUUUAGGGAACAAGUGGGCUGCGAUAGCUGCUUACCUGCCUGAGAGAACGGACAACGAUAUCAAGAACUUCUGGAACACCCAUUUGAAGAAGAAGCUUAAAAAGCUUCAAACGGGCUCAGACAGCAGCUCCCCAAGAAACGCGUUGUCAUCUUCCCACUCCAUUUCUAAAGGCCAGUGGGAAAGAAGGCUCCAAACUGAUAUCAAAACCGCCAAACAAGCCUUGCACGAUGCCUUGUCAUUGGAGGGAUCUAUCCCUGCGCCUGAUUCCAAGCCCUGCGAUGGUCAUCUGUCUUACACAGAACCUGGCCAAGGAUCGUCUACUUACGCAUCAAGUACAGAGAAUAUAGCAAGAUUGCUCAAGGGUUGGGUCAAAAAUCCUUCACCUCGUAAAUCUGAGCAAUCAAAAUCUUCCAGCACUCAGCAAUCGUUCUGCAAUGCCGCCACGGAUUGUACCUCCAGCGAUGGGACUCCUAGUGCCGAGAGCAAAAGCGGAAUAGAUUUAUCCGAAGCAUUUGAGUCCCUUUUUGGAUUUGAGUCUUUCGAGUCUUCAACCUCUGAAUUUUCUCAAUCCACCUCUCCUGAGGCCAGCAUUUUCCAAGGGGAAAGCAAACCGGACCAAGGUGGGGCACAAGUUCCAUUCUCUAUGUUGUUGGAGAAUUGGCUGCUCGACGGGAAAGAUGAUUUGACUAACUUCUCAUUCGAUGAAACUGCAAAUUUGUUUUAGUAGUAAGAAUUCUCCUUUUGAUUCUUGGUGAGAUAUUGAGAAUUAACUCUUACCAUUAUCUUGUUAAUUUUAGGCAUUGACAUUUGAACGCUUUUUUUGAGUCCUAGUGUUGCCCGCCCGUUACAGAUUUAAGAGAUUUAUUAGUGAAUCAUCUUCUGUGCCUUGAAACUCGUG